AUGUCGUGGUGUUUGAGCGCAGUAGUGUGUAUUACACUGAUAAUACCAUGUAUCAAUGGGGAGAGUUGGGUAACAGCUAACCAUGGGACACCUCCAGUUUAUACCGGACUUGCUCCUAUGAAGUCAGGCUGGUCAACAAAACUAUUUGGUGUUGGAAAUGGGAAUCUACAGGAGCGAUAUUACUCUGCAGACGGGUGGAUUUGGGCGAACCAUGGCGCCCCCUCAACAGAUGAGAGCGUUGCAUCUGAGCCAUGUGUUAUGUACGACGGAAAACUUUUCAUAGUUUCCAACAAAGGCCGUUUGUUCGAGAGAUAUUGGAGCACUGGCUCAAAUUCAUGGCUCUGGGUGUUACACGGAAAAGCAUUAGGGUCAGAAAAGUUGCGGCCUAUGUGUGCGUGUAGGAAUCUGUACGGAGGCCGGGUAUUUGUUGUUGGUAUUAACUCAAAGUUGUAUGAGCGCUGGUGGUCAUAUACUAGUGAUUCCUGGCAGUGGAGACCUCAUGGAUCACCCCCAGGCACUACUAUUGGACCCUCUGCUAUUGAUACGUGUGACGCUGACUCAGGAUGUACGGAGAAUGAAGUAUACUUGGUAGCAGGGAAUGGUUAUGUAUACUCCCGAUACAUCUCCGCAGGUAACCCAGGAACGCCCAGUUGGUAUCUUGUAGGGAAACCGUCAGGUAAAACUGCAUGGAGCGUAAGAGUUGGUGGAGGCAUCUUUGUGACAACUGUAGAUAAUUAUGUCUGCGAGCGUUUGUCUUCCACAAAUUGGAUUUGCUCGCGACCACCAUCGACCACUUCAACGCCAUAUCGCACUACAACUUUGUCCAAAGCAGUACAAGUGAAUAACUGUGCUAAACUUGACGGUUCAGCCAAAUAUCUUUUCGUGAAUAACUGGGAUGAUACAACUACAAGUGGAGUAUUCCAGAAACCAGUUAACAUCCGGGGAAAGUUAUGGAGAUUUAAGGUGUCUGGGACGUCCCAUAAUUGGGUAUACCAUGGCACGGCAGCUCCAUGUUGCUCGUAUUAUCGUCCCACUAUAUUUAUGAGUGGGUCCUGCCCAAAAGCAUUUUUCGUCAAAUCAAACGGCAAUGUCUUGGAAAAAUAUCUUUAAAAAUUCUAAUGAAUGAUCAUGUAAUUAGACAUUCACUGAAGUCCUAUUUGAAA